GGAGCCACCAGCCCGGCGGGCACAGCCCGGGUGACAAAGCGGGGGCCGCACCGAGGUGUCCCCAAGCCGUGUGCCCCCCACAGCGGUGGGCAGCGAGGCCAUGGCGAUGCUGCUGGAGCCCGGGAUGCAGAGCCUGCGGAUGGGUGCCAACGGCGAGCGGUGCCCCACGCCGUCCCCGCCCGGCUCCCCGGGGACGCCCCACGACAGCUGCAGCAUCGCCCCACUGACGCCUUCCCAGUCACCGCGGAGCGAGGCGCGUUCCCAGCAGACCCCGUCCUUCUCCGUGGUGGUGGCCAUCGACUUCGGCACCACCUCCAGCGGUUACGCCUUCAGCUUCACCAGCGAUCCCGAGGCCAUCCACAUGAUGAGGAAAUGGGAGGGAGGGGACCCGGGUGUGGCCAACCAGAAGACCCCCACCAGCCUCCUGUUGACCCCGGAGGGGACGUUCCACAGCUUUGGCUACACCGCCCGCGAUUACUACCACGACCUGGACCCCGAGGAGGCCCGCGAGUGGUUCUACUUCGAGAAGUUUAAGAUGAAGAUCCACAGCACCAGUGAUCUGACCAUGAAAACCGAGCUGGAAGCCGUCAAUGGGAAGAAGAUGCCGGCGCUGGAGGUGUUCGCCCACGCGCUGCGCUUCUUCAAGCAGCAUGCGGUGCAGGAGCUGAAGGACCAGUGCCCGUCCCUGCCCGAGAGCGAUGCCAUCCGCUGGGUCCUCACCGUGCCGGCCAUCUGGAAGCAGCCGGCCAAGCAGUUCAUGCGGGAAGCGGCCUACAAGGCCGGGCUGGUGUCCCCGGAGACGCCGGAGCAGCUGCUGAUCGCGCUGGAGCCCGAGGCCGCCUCCAUUUACUGCCGGAAGCUGCGGCUGCACCAACUGAUCGAGCUGAGCUGCCGCCCCCCGGCCAACGGGGCCGAGCCCCCCCACCCCAUCGACUCCAGCUUCCGGCAGGCCCGGGAGCAGCUCCGGCGAUCCCGGCACAGCCGCACCUUCCUGGUGGAGUCGGGAGUGGGCGAGCUCUGGUCGGAGAUGCAGGCAGGUGACAGGUACAUCGUGGCCGAUUGUGGCGGGGGGACGGUGGAUUUGACCGUGCACCAGAUCGAGAAGCCGCAGGGGACGCUGAAGGAGCUCUACAAAGCCUCGGGAGGUCCCUAUGGGGCCGUGGGCGUGGACCUGGCCUUCGAGAAGCUUCUGUGCCACAUCUUCGGGGACGAUUUCAUCGCCACCUUCAAGGCCAAGCGUCCGGCAGCCUGGGUGGACCUGACCAUCGCCUUCGAGGCCCGGAAGCGCGCGGCCGCCCCGAGCCGCUCCAGCCCCCUCAACAUCUCCCUGCCCUUCUCCUUCAUCGACUUCUACCGCAAACACCGCGGCCACAACGUCGAGACCGCGCUCCGCAAGAGCAAUGUCAACCUGGUGAAGUGGUCGUCCCAAGGGAUGCUGAGGAUGUCCCCCGAGGCCAUGAACGAGCUGUUCCAGCCAACCAUCACCCACAUCAUCCAGCACAUCGACACCCUCCUGAAGAAACCCGAGGUCCACGGCAUCAAAUUCCUGUUCCUGGUGGGCGGCUUCGCCGAGUCGGCCAUGCUGCAGCGGGCGGUGCAGGCCGCCUUCGGCCACUGCUGCCGGGUCAUCGUCCCGCAGGACGUGGGGCUGACCAUCCUCAAAGGGGCCGUGCUCUUCGGCCUGGACCCCGGCGUGGUGCGGGUGCGCCGCUCCCCGCUCACCUACGGCGUGGGGGUCCUCAACAAGUUCGUGGAGGGCAAGCACCCGCGGGAGAAGCUGCUGGUCAAGGAGGGCAAGAACUGGUGCACCGACAUCUUCGAGAAGUUCGUGACCGUGGACCAGUCGGUGGCGUUGGGCGAGGUGGUCCAGCGGAGCUACUGCCCGGCCCGGCCCGGCCAGCGCCGGACCAUCAUCAACAUCUACUGCUGUGACACCGAUGACGUGGUGUACAUCACCGACCCCGGCGUCAGGAAGUGCGGCACCAUCAGCCUGGAGCUGGGGGACGCGGGGGACGCGGGCCCGGCGCGGGGCCGGCGCGAGAUCCGCACCAGCAUGCAGUUCGGGGACACCGAGAUCAAGGUGACGGCGCUGGACACGCGCACGGCGCGCAGCGUGAGGGCCACCAUCGACUUCCUGUCCAACUGA